ACAGAGAUAAGUUCACAAGCUUGACAUCAUUUAAAUAAGUACUACAUUUAAUAUAAAGGAAAAAUAUAUAUACUUUUUGUUUAUAAAAAAAUAACAAAAAAUGAAAGAAAAAAUCCAUAUAUGAAAAACGAACAUAAAAUAUCGAGUUUGAUUGAAAAUUGUGUGAAAGAAAAAAUAUAUGAGUAGAUAUGAGUACAAGAAAUAUAUAAGAAAUUAAAAAAAUGUGAGAAAGAGAAAGAAAGAAAGAAGAUAAAAGGUUCUCACAAGAUGAUUAUGAUAGAGAAUGAGUAUGAGUAAGAAAAGUAAAAACAUUGAAAAUGAUACCGAGGAUUCGAAAUAAUAAGAAUUUGAAGAUCAAAGUGAGAAUAAAUCGAUGAAUAACGACAUUCAAGAGAAGAUCAGAGAGAUAGGUUGUAAGGGUCUGUGGAAUAUUAUAUAGUCAGUUUCGUCCGUCCGAUCCAGAAUAAAGAAUCUUAAAGGAGAGUGAGCAGAGAGACAACAAUGGGUGCACUGCGGCGAAUCUUCGGAUCGGCACUCUUUGUGUUACUCGUACGGUUUCCUUACUAGUGCAAAUGUCGUUGAAAGAGUUCGAACGUGUACUCCCGUAGAAUUAUUCAUCUGUCACACAAAGAGAGAGAGAGGGAGAGAAAGAGAUAGAAAGAGAAAGAGAGAGAGAGAGAGAGAGAGAGAGAGAGAGAGAGAGAGAGAGAGAGAAAGGAUAAUCUACGUAUGAUGAGCUCGUAAAAUGUUUCGUUUGUUCGUUCGAAGAUGUGCCGUACUUUGCGUGAAAUUUAGGUUUUGAAUCUUUAAGUCUACGGAAGAAAGAAACGUAUUGUUCGAAAGAAAACGAUCAUGGCCAUUUCGUGGAAAUUAUCGAAAUAACUUUUUUCUCUCAACUUUCUUGCUUUUUUUUUUUUUUAAAUAGCACGUGUCGCGCGUCGCGUCUUUUGAUUUACGUAUAUUCGUUUGCCGAUCGAUCGAUCGUUUUUUGAUUAAAACAUAAAACGAUUGUUAUCGAUAAAAAGAAGUUUAUGUGUGAGUAAAGAUGAAUGUGUGUGAUGGUCAGUGACGGUAAAUGACGGAUAAAAUGACGGGUACUUUAACCAUGUUCUAGUGUUUACUUAAUUCAUUUUUGCUCAAUCGAAUAUUUUUGACAAUAGCGACGUUUCACGUGCUUUCGAAAACGUGUGCCAUAUACAGAUUCUUACAUGGAUGUAUAACAUUCUUUUGAAAAAUACACAACAGUUCAAACUCCAUUAUGGAUGCAUUACGUUUAGCUGUGCAGUGAGUUUAUAAACGACACGGCUAGGGGAGAGGAUGGUCAGCAUGAGCUCCAUGCUUGUGGAAACAGUCAGUAUAAAUUAUGAAGAUUUUAAUGAAAGUUUCUUAACAUGUGGGACAUGUUUAUGUGUUUAUGAUGGUGGGGAACAUACUCCAAAACUAUUACCAUGUUCUCAUACGGUAUGUUUACAUUGUUUAACAAGAAUUGCUGCAUCACAAACAAGAGAAACUGGAGCAUUUCGAUGUCCAAUUUGUAGAGAAUUAAUAACUAUCCCUCGUGGAGGAGUUCCUGCUUUACCUCCCAGUUUUCUUGUCAACCAACUUCUUGAUCUUAUGUCCAGACAGAGACGAGAGGUUAUUCCAAAGUGUUCAGUACAUAUAAAUCAAGAAUUGCUAUUUUGUGAAACUUGUGAUACAGUUUUUUGUACAAUAUGUACAAGUGGUACACAUGCAGGUACAUCGCCAGGCUGUACGGAACAUACAAUUAUCCCUUUUAGCAUUGCAAUAAAACGGAUGUCUGAAAUACUACUUUAUAAAGCAAAUGAAUGUAUAUCUAAGUUGACACAGGCUCAAGAUUCUGUGAGCACAGAACUUCAACGUUUAGACGCUGCUAUGGAAAGAUGUUUACAUGCUGUUGAUGCUGAAUUUGCGGAUAUUAUUUCUAAAGUAGAAAAACGUCGUGUGGAAUUACAAGCUGCCGUUAGUGCUGCUGUUAGAGAUAAAAAGCGAGUACUUGAAGAACAACAUGCCGCGAUAGAAACGGAAAAAAAUAAAGUUGAAAGAGAAUGUGAAGGAUUGCAAUAUCAAAUUGAAGUUCAAAAUAUAACGCAACGAAUUGGAAGCUUAUCUGAUCAACUUGAUGCAGCUACAGCGCUUAGUGAGCCAAGGGAAAAUGCUUUUAUUACGUUUGAAUUUUAUCAUAAUAAUGCAUCUAUUGAAUUAGAAAAGGCACUUAAUAACUUAGGAAGAAUACGCUCCAGUACAACAUUACCUGGUUUAUGUAGAGCUAGACUUAAAGAUCCAGCAAUAGUUAAACUGCAAGGAGUUGUUGUAGUUGAAACAGUUGAUUACCAUGGUCAUCCGCGUAAUGUUGGAGGAGAUCCUAUUGGAGCAGAUUUAAUGCUAGCAGAUAAUAUUCAAUUAGAAAAUCAAAAUCAAUCAAUUGAAACUGAAGUUAAAGACUUAGAUAAUGGUACUUACGAAGUACUGUUCAGGCCACCAUAUGCUAGUCGUUAUAUUUUAAAAUUAUCUGUAUUCGAAAGACCUAUUAAAGAUUAUCCAUUGUUCUUUGAUGCCACGGAACAUAAUGAGCCAAUUAGAGUCUAUGGAAAAAGAGGAAAUGGUGAAGAUGAAUUUCAUCAACCAGUUGGAGUUGCAAUUGAUGAUAAUAGAUAUGUUUAUAUUUUAGAUACUGGCAAUUCACGAAUUAAGGUACUGAAUAGUGAUUUAGAAUUUCAAAGACACAUAAACAAUGAAGGCUUGGAAGGACGUAGUUGUACAGGAAUUGCCAUAUCUCAACAAGGUCUUGUUGUUGUUAAUUGGAGAACACGAAGAAUCACAGAAAUGAGUAUACUAGGUGAUACAAUUCGAUCUUUCUCUCAUAAUACUUUUCAAGAACCAAUCGAUAUAGCAGUAGAUAGAAGCUAUGGACAUAUACUUGUCGCUGACAAUGGACAAAGUUGUGUUUUUGUAUUUGAUUCUGAUGGUAAAAUACUGUUUCAGGUUGGUAAAAGGGGCACCUUUAGAUUAAUUAGUUCUGUUACUGUUGGUCCUGCUGGAGAAAUUUUAGUUGCUGAUAGUCGAAUUCAAGUAUUUUCUGCUAAGGGUGACUUCUCUGAAGAAAUAUAUGCUGAAGGAAAAAAUAAAGGCAUAUAUGGUGGUAUAACAGUUGAUGCAGAAGGUAGAAUACUUGCUACUCGUACAGAUAAAGGUCGGAGCAUCAUUCAAGUGUUAAAGCUGGGAGGAGGUAAUAUUUUAACUGAAAUUGAUUCUCAUAGUUCAAAAUUACGACGUCCAUCAGGCAUUGCGGUAUUAGCAGACAAUCAUUUAGUCGUGGUUGACUUGGGUAAUGAUUGCAUAAAAAAAUAUAGAUAUUGGUAAAACUUGUUCUUAAUUGACAAAUUUCACUUCGCGACUGAAUAAAAUAUAAUUAUAAAUAUGCCAAAUGUUCUACAGUUUUAUUAGUUUCUAGUUUAAUAGCUUUUAAAAUUCUAAUGUUAAUCAUAUAAUAACAGUUUUGAUACGGAUUUUAUAAUUUAGUCUGCUUUGUAAAUAAUUGUAUAAAGCGAGUCUAAUAGUUGAAUAUAAAUACGUUUAAUUUGUCACUUAAUUCAGAUUUUACUGACUCGCUUUUAUAAAUUUUCUACUACUAUCAUAUGAAAUGUGACAUGUUAAUUCUGAGUGCUCUGUACUUACAUUAUACAAGCAAUGAAGCUUAUUUAUACUUUAAAAAUCCUACAUCUCUUUUUUAUAUAUCUCAUAGAAGUAAUAAUGAUAUAUACAUUCAGGCAUAAUAAUUAUAUAUUUUUUAAAGUAUAGUUGAACAAACACAGGAUAUUAAUGUAAACAAAAUGGUUUAUAUUUAGAAAAUUCACGAUUUAGUAAUUAUUAUUACAAAGACUAUUACUAUACAUACCAAUUUAAUGUGCUUCAACUAUGUUUAAAAUAGUAAUAUGAUACUGCCCUACUGCAUUAUUUUAAACUCAGAGCAAAACAUACUCGAGAAUCUCAUGUUUUUUAACUAAUCAAUAUUUGCAUAUAGAUCAUUAUAUAUUAUACUUUAUUUUUAGCUGUCAUUUCCUUUUUCUUCUUUUUUAAUAUUUCGCUUGAUUUUUAAAUUACUAUAAAAAGUAUAAAUAAUUUUUUAAAUAGAAUUUUCUACUUUUCGUAUGUGUCAUACAGAAAUAUCAGGUCAUAAUAACAGCACUUUUGUACAUAUUAAUACAUCUAUGUAUGUAACUUACACACCAAAGCUUGACUUCUUCUGUUAACAAAAAGCAAUUAAGGCCUUGAGAAACAAACUUAUUUCUUAAUAACAUUUUUUAGGAAAAAGUUAUUUUUUGCAAAAUCUGUACACAAAAAAAUUAUAUUUGCAUUUUCAUUAUUCAUUUAUUGAUCUUGAAUCUGUGAUGUGAAUUAUAUUGUUGAUUAUAUGCAUAGAUUAACUUAAUUUUUUUUAAUGAAUUUUGCAUAAAAAAUUUCAAUAGACUGACAAUUUUUAUUAUGAUUUGCAAUAACAAUGAAAAGGUAUGUUAGAAUUUGAUUUAUAUUUUUACAGUAUUACUAUAACUCUUAUUGAAAACAAUAUUAGAUAAAAUGCAAGAAUUUCUAAUCUCAUAUAAAAUGAGAUAAGAAAUUUAACUUAUAUUGCGAUGAGUUAAUAAUUUUAUUGGAAUUUAUAUUAUCAUGACACUUAAUAGAAUUUAAUUAUAGAUUAUAAUACUCUUUUUUACAAGUUUAUAUUAGGUAACAAGUUUUAUAUUAUAUAGACACCUUACUUGAGACAUAUUUAAUUAUUGUUAUUGAAAUACCUAGGUACAGAUAAUGUUAUUUACAAUAAAAUGUAAAUGCAAAGAUAGAUGCCCUGCAUCAUACAUAUCUGUAUAUAGAUCAAAAAAUUGUAUAUUUAACUAAAUAUAUAUUCUACUUAUAUUUUUCACGAAAGAUUAUGAUAUACGAAGGAACGAAAGUUUCUUAUAAUUAAACUUUUAACUGUAUUUUUUAAAAGAACACACAAUGAUUGAAUGUUUUUGGAAUGUUUAAUUUGAAUAUUUUUUAUAUUUACUUUUUUGAUUUAUUUAUUUAUCGAGCUGAAAAAAUUAAAUAUUUUUUGUACGUAAAUAUUAACGUUUGAAAAUACGUAUAGUAUUAAAACAAACAAUCUGCACCUAGGUACACAAAAUAUAUGUAUAUCAAUGUAUUAUGCCAAAUAUUUUUUUUUUUUUUUAUGUUUACAUGAUUCUUAUAUUUUUCUCACAUACUGAUAUUUUGAAUUUUCUGAAUAGAGUAUGCAAGGUCACUGUAAUUGACCAUAAUAUCGCUCUAAUUGUCUCCCUUUGUUCUAUGUUUUAAUGUGUUAAUUAAAAUUUAUUUAACUUCACUAAAUGAUUUGUGUUUCAUUUGUAAAAAUAUAAUUUCAAUUAGAAUAUUUUAUAUCAUACAUAUGUUAAUACAUAUCCUGAAAUGAAAAAUUAUAUUUGGUUGAAUCUACUUAAGAAAUGGCAAAGAGAAAGAUUUUUGUUAUUAUGUGCAUUUAAUACUUAAAUUUUGUAUGUAAUCUACAUUUGUAUCUGUUUCUAUGUAUCAAGAAUCGUUCGCUAUUUUUAUGAACAAUAUCAUUAGAGAGUGUAUACAUAAUGUAAUAUGUCGUGAAACUUGAAUAUGAUACAUAUAGCAGAAGCAUUUACAAAAUUCCUUAAGUAAAAUAUUACUUUGCCUCAUGUACUGAAGUUACUAAUGUGAUUAGCAUGCACAGGCAUACACUUAUAGUAGUAUCUCUUGAUUUACCUUUAUUAUAAAUAUUAUACAGUAAUAUUUUGUCGUUAUUAGGCAAUUAUUAUAAAAAAAAUUUUUAAAUGAUAUACUACAGUUGCCUAUUAUGUAUGGUAAGCGAUCAAAACUUUUAUAAAUAUAUCUUAAUAUGUUAUGAUACAUAUAAUUUGGCUCCUAAUCAGGAAUAAAUAAAUCAAAUAUAUAAUUAUUACAAUACAGAAUAUAGAACUGAAAUAGUUAUAAAUUGCCAAAGUUCAGUUGUAUAAAUAAAUAUAGGCAAUAAUUUCAAACAAUAUCUUUUUAUUUUUUGGGACUGAAUUAUAGAAGUACAACAUUCCUUGUAGACUGCUUGGCAGACUUUAAUAUAAAUAGAUAGAUAUGCUAUAUAUACAUAUAUGUUUGUGUAUGCAUAUAAUGAAUAAUUACAAAUGCACCGAUGUAUUAGUCCUUUAGUGCAAAACAUGGCAGUGCCUUUAUUGAUAAAAAUUUCCAUGUAAUGUGCCUAUUAUGAUUCAUCAUAAGCCAUUCGGAUUCGUUUAUAGAUUUUUGAAAAAACGAAUAAUGAACUUUAAAAUAAAGUUCAAUUGGGACAUAAUGUUAUGAAAUGGACUUAUGAUUUUAUGAAAAUAAUAAUAUUCUUAAAUUGUACAUUUCCCGUUUCUAAAACAGAUGAUUUAAAUAUUUUAUUAAAUUUUCAUGUUACAAGAAGCAUGCUAUAAACAUAGAAUCUGUUGUAAAGUAUAGAUCUGUUAUUUUUUGUAAAGCAUAAUCUGGAUAAUAUAACUAGUAUUAUUAUACUAAUAUUCAAACUUUGGCAAAAUUAUGAAAGUUUUUAAAGUUAAUGUAAUUAUAACUAUUUUUGUUACAAUCAUAAUGUCAUUAAAUGUCAUAAAUAUCAUAAGCAUGUAUAAAUUGGAUCUAAAUUUAGAUUUGAUGUGGCAGUUUUACUUCUUGAUCCUUUAAUCUAGUCGUAUGCUAUUUGUAGUUAUAACUGAUGACCUAAUGUUAUAUAUUAUGUGCUGUUACAUAAAAUAAACAUUGUAAAUAAAUAUGUAAUCAUAGUCUGUGAAAA